UGCUCAUAUGUUAAAAAACCCAAUUCUUUUGGAUCAUCUUCUUCUGCCCGGAAGAUUACCUCACAACUAGUACUAUAGUAUACAUUAUAAUGGCGGCUUUGUCCUCGAAUUCAAGUUUAGAUUGGGCAUCACUUCCCAUGGAAGUUUUCCAUUCGAUUUUAGAUAAAUUAGAGUUUGUGGCGGACUGUAUGAGUUUCAAUGCGGUUUGUACAGAAUGGCGAAAUGCAUCUUGUGAAAAACUUGAGCAAGUGCGAGCUAACCAUAAACGUCAUUGUUCUGACCACCAACAGCUCCCAUUGCUCAUGGUUCCUACCUCAGAUUCUAGCAGGGAGAGGUCUGCUUUAUUAUAUGACGUCACACAAAAAGGUGGCUGCAAGUUUUAUUUACGCCUACCUGAAGCAAGGUGUCGGGGAUCUUCUCAUGGCUGGUUGAUUGUGGUUGAUCCAUCUUUUAAGGUAAUCCUCGUCAACCCACACUCUCGAAAAUUCAUUCAUCUUCCUGUCCUCCAAAGAUUAGUAUUUGAAACAGGUUCCAACUAUUUACUUCAUGCCCUUAUCCCUUUUAGAUGUGUAUUGUCUGUCGAUCCUGAUGAGAACCCGAAUGAGUAUGUACUCAUGGUAAUAUAUGGUUCUCAAAAUAGGCUAGCAUUCAUCAAAUCUGGUGAUACACAUUGGAGUUAUAUUGACAAAAAUCAUUGUGAUGAUUUAAAUUUUUUUACGACUACUGAUUCUGACUCCAUAUUUAUUGAUAGAGAGUCAUGGAAUUUAAAGGAUAUUGUUUAUAAGGAUGGGUUAUUCUAUGUAUUAGAACAACAGGGUCAGCUUUUAUCCUGUGAUGUGAGUGGCACUUUAAAAGUGGAGAGGGUUACUCCACCCGAUACACUCCACUGGACUAACAGGGAUAAGACAUAUUUAGUAGAAUCACCUCAAGGACAUCUUUUCCGGGUUAUAAAGGUCGUCGACGAUGAUAGGACCACGGUGGGAUUUGUGAUUUAUAAGUUAAUAUAUUCUUUGGGGAAUCCCAGAUGGACGGAGGUUAAGAGCUUGGGCGAUGUUGCCUUAUUUUUGGGAGAUAAUCAUUCCAUUUCUGUCGUUGCAUCUGAUUUUCCGAGUUGUCAGCCAAAUUCUAUAUAUUUUUGCGAACAUUACCAUGAAUUCUAUUCUUUACCUGACGACCGAUACGAUGUGGGAGUCUUCAGUUUACUUGAUGGGACUAUUACACCAAUUUAUCCAUAUUCUCGCAAGAUGAUGCAGCCACGCAGGCUGAUGUUGUGCUCAUUUUGGUUUUCGCCGUGCCCUGCUCACUUAAAAUCUAUCCAACGCUGUAAAGAAGAAGAUGUCCAUUAUUGUCAUAUAUUUGUUUAUGCUUGUCGUUUCUUCAACGGAAGAAUUCAUUAAAAACAUUGGUUAUAUUGUUUUAUAAUUU